AUGAGUGCUGAAGAUUUUCAGAAGAAGGUUUCAAUCAGUGACUCCUCCGACGCCGGAGUGAUGGAAAUCGAAUGCGGCGGCUCUGCUAGCUCCACGGUGGUACCCUCUCAAACUCUGGUUUUGCUUCGGAGACUGCUUGAGAUUCAGGAGCGUCGAGCACAGGCUUACGCAAAACUGAAAAGAGGAUUCUCAGAGUAUGUGGAGACUAGUGGUGAAGCACUUUAUCAGAAGCUGUGCAGUGAGAUUACUGCUGAGUUUAACGAAUGUUCCAAACAAGUACGUGAAAUGGAAACUCUGUUUCUGAAUCCAGAAGUUAAAAGAGCGGAUCUUGCUCAACUGCUCAGUGACAUUCAAACUCAAGAGAAGCAGAAAUUGCAUCUGACGGUUACAAUACAGGUACUGAAGAAGGCAGGGAGGCCGUCAGAAAGAAUGCUGACACAUGAGAACUGCAAGUUCAAGAAACCGAUGCAGCACGAGUGUGUGCAUCUUCAUGAGAUUACAGAAGCAGAAGGGACAGAGGAAGCAGAAGCGGAUGCAGAGUUUGACAAUGCUUUGAAGGAAGCAAUUAGAGGAGUGCAAGACGCUGUGACUAGCAUCAAUGAGUAUUUGGAAGAUAUUAGGUACGAGAUUGCAGCUCUUGAAGCUGAUUAG